AUGAUUCGCUCUUUUUCACGCGCUGUCCUCAUAAACUCAUCGGCUUUGAAAACAAGAAAUCGUACAUUACAGCGACCUGUUUUUGUCCGCAACGUUGGUUUAUUCGCGAGAUUUGUAGAAAAUCUCAGGAUACAAAUUGAAAAGAACAAAGAAUUUCAACAAAAUGUUAAAUUAUUGCAAGAUCAGGCAGAUCAGUUUGGAGAUUCUGAGACUUUAAGAAAGGCGAAAGAAGCUUAUGCUAAGGCUAAGGAAGAAACCAUACGAGGAUCCGAAAAACUUGACGAACUAAAAAAAUCCGUAGAAAAGAUUGGAACUAAAGUUUCAGACACGAUUAAAGAUGUUGGAGAGAAUCCAUAUGUUAAAGGAACUAUUAAAGGAACCCAAGAAACGAUUUCGGACGUGUCAUCAAAAAUAUCGUCCACUACGGAACCAAUACGGCAAACCAAGAUGUAUGCAAACAUUCGUGACACGUUAAAAGAAACUGUAGGUGAUGAUUCAUCUAAAUAUGGUGGAUUCAUUGAUAAAGAAACAAGGAGAAAAAUGAAAGAAGAGUCAGCAAAAGCUGGGACCAGAUCCAGACGAGUUAUUGAAAGAAAUCCAGAAGCCGGUGCUUCUAUGGUAAUCCAUAAAGAUUCAGCGUGGAAAGAAAGUUGGAGUAGGUUUAAAGAAAAUAAUCCAGUUAUGAAAGGCAUAUUUAACUUGAAAAGAAAUUAUCAAGACAGUGACAACUCCAUUAUCGCAUUUACUAGAGAAUUUACAGAUCGUAUUUCAUAUACAUUUGGGUCAUUUUUUGAGGAGAAUGAAACAGCACAGGCGAUUACACAAUUAAAAAUGAUAGAUCCAGGAUUUAACAUUGAAGAUUUUAUGAAAGAAUUAAGGGAAUUUAUUAUACCCGAAAUAAUGGAGGCAUAUCUGAAAGGUGAUAUGGAAACUUUAAAAAUAUGGUGUUCGGAGGCGACGUAUUCAAUAUUGAGCCAUGGUGUGCAGGCACAGCUUCAGCAAGGCCUUGAAAGCGAUUCAAGGAUACUAGAUAUUAGAGAUGUAGAUCUGGCAACAGCCAAAGUACUUGAUACUGGUAUACCAGUGUUAGUUGUAUCAUUUAGUACUCAGGAAGUAAUAGUAUUUCGUGAUCGAAUGACCAAAGAAAUCAUAUACGGAAGAGAAGAUAAAAUCGAUCAAGCUUCAUAUCUAUGUGUGAUUACCAAACAAGAAGAUAAUCUAACAGAUCCCAUAACAACUGGAUGGAGGAUUAUAGUGCUUUUUGAUUUCUUUAGUUACAUGACCAGUGCAGUAAAAAGAUCAUAUCCGUUCGGUUCUAGACCAACGUCUCUAGUGGAAGAAACUGAUCAUUUCAAGGUUCCUCAGGCACCUCAAUAUAAAAAAAUGUCAAUGUCUCAUAGCAUUAAUGUCGUCAAUUAUGUGUCCGUUCCAAAUAAUAACGAUCUUGUUGUAGAUGAUAAUGGUGAAAAAAAGAGUCCUUUAUUAAGUCCUUUACCAAGCCCCCCUUCCGCCAAAUUACGAAAUAGAAAAAAUUUACAAGUGGUCGUCCCACCUGUACGUUCUUCUAUUUCCGCUCCUAGUUCUCCUCAAUUACCACAAAGUGCCGUCUCUCAUGCUCAUAAUAGACGUCCUUCAACUCCUUUAUGUGUUUAUCAAAAUAGAGAUCCUGAAGGUUUAAAUCCUACUGUAGAUCCUAGAGUAUUGAUGUCAAAGACAGAAAAUGCAAUCGGUGAGGAUUUACCCUACAAGGAUGAACCAAUACAAAUAAUGCAACAUUUGUAUCUUGGUUCAGAAAUUAAUGCUGCGAAUAGGGAAAUGCUUGAUAGACUCGGUAUUGAGUUUAUUUUGAACGUUGCUAAAGAAAUUGAUAAUCCUUACUUUGAAGAUUAUCCGUAUUCACCUAAUUCUGAAUGUUCAAAUGAUAGUUUUCAUUCAGCUAUUCAAACUCCUUUAUUAGAUUCACCAAUGGUUAUUUCUUCUCCAAUUGGCGGUUAUCGUUCAAAUUCUCUUAAACGCUCUUCAAUGCCAUCUCGCUCAAAUUCAAAUUCAAAUUCAAUACCUACUCAAUCGAUGUUCAAUAAUAAUUAUUCAUCAAGUAUAUCAUUUACAGUUCCUGCAACAAAUGGAUUUGGCCCUAUAAAGUAUAAAAAGUUCUUUUGGACCCAUAAUCAAGAAAAUCUUAUUGCAGAUUUUUCUUCAGCUUUCUCUUUUAUUGAUGAAGCUCGAUUUGCAGGUAGAAAUAUUCUUGUCCAUUGUCAAUGCGGUGUUUCUAGAUCUGCAUCUCUUGUGAUUGGAUAUGUUAUGAAUACCAAUCGUAUGACGCUUAAUCAGGCCUACGAGUUCGUUAAGGAUAGAAGUCCUUAUAUAAGUCCUAAUAUGAGUCUUGUAUAUCAAUUAGUCGACUUUGAAAAGACAUUAAAAUUAGGAAGGAAUAAUAAUGAUACUUAUAAUCCUUCAUAUGAUACUCCGAUUAAAACUAAAUCGGAAAGUACAAAUAGUAGAACACACUCACGUAGCUCUAGUAUAGAGAGUGAUUUAUUAUUAAAAACUCAUCAUAGACGUAGUAAUAGCAUUCCGAGAAAUACUAUUAGCACUGUUUCUGUAUAUGAUAACAUUCCAAAAACUCCUACUGUGAUUCCUGAGGUAUCACUUAAUACACAAACUACUCAGUCUACUGUAAAAGGUGUUACUGGAAGAUUUCAUGUUAUUACUGCAUCUGUUACACCUACAUCUCCAACUGCUUUAUCACCAACGUCAUCGUUGUCGCCCACGAGCACGGUGUCUCCUACAACUCCAUCUAGUGAACCAUCGCCAACUAAUCAAAGGCGUUCUUCAAAACCUUCGAAUUUAUCAUCAAGGGAUAGUACUUUAUCCAUAGGUUCAUCUGAAAAGACACGAUCCCUAUAUUCAGUUGAUCUUUCACCUUUAUCACCCAAAAAAAUAAUAAAUCCUCCAAUGACUCCUACAUUCAUGGCAUCAAGUUCUUCGACCCGUACUAAUUCUACAAUUGAAAGUUAUGGUUCUUCACAAUCAAAUUUUUUAUGCCCAGAAACAACACCUCGAAUAAUAGGGCGACGUCAUUCAAAUGUUAUUAGCGGUUACAGUCGCGAUAAUCGAGAUAGUUUAAAUGGAUCUGCAUCUAGUUUAUUUAGUCGACCUAUAUCAGAAAGUAUAUUUUCUCCAACAAGAGUAUCUCCACCGAUCACUCCUAUGGCAAUUCCAAAUAUGAGUGAUCUGUUGUUGUUUCGUGAUGAUCAAUAA